AUGGCGGCCUCAACAAAUGGUACUUCUCAGGGAGUGAGAGGUGCUAUGAAAUCAAGCGACCCUCUUCCUCUUACCGUCGAAGAGCUCACCGCCCCCUGGUUCACCAAAAUUCUAGGCAAGCCAGUCCAAGAUGCAAGGGUCGUUGAAGCCAUCCACGGUACAGCGUCCAAGAUCCUUCUUGAACUAACCUUUGAGGACUCUGCCGAUGUUCCGAUGAGGGUUUGCGUCAAGGGCGGCUUCAAUCCGGCUCUGACCGUCAUUCCCUAUAUGCUGGCCGUCUACCGACUGGAAGCCGAGUUCUACUACCACGUCGCCCCAACCAUUAGGAUGCCUCUCCCUCCAACUCUUUACAGUGGCACGGAUACCAUCAAUGGACAGGGAAUCGUUGUGAUGGCCGACCUAAAGUCCCAGGGGUAUACAUUCGGAAACCCCCUUGAGACCUGGCCUGUCGAUCGCGUGCAAACGAGCGUCGAGCAGCUAGCUAUUCUCCACGCGAGCACCUGGGGCAGCACACCUGACGACAUUCCGUGGGCUAGUCAAACCGUUUCGCUCAGGGAUGCCAUCUUGGGCCUGGCUGCCCCAGAGGCAUGGGAGAAACAAUUUGCUGGGGAGACUAGACCUCCAGUGCCGAACCACAUGAUGAACCGCGAGCGGAUGACAACGGCGUUUCAGGCUCUCUGGAAGCCAUCUAACUCGACGCUCAAUUGCCUAGUCCACGGCGACGCGCAUAUCGGCAAUACCUUCAUUUCGCCUACUGGAGAACCUGGGUUUCUAGACUGGCAGGUUAUACAUACCGGUUCAGUUAUGCAUGAUGUCUCCUACUUUAUCAUCGGCGCACUAUCGAUUGAGAACCGUCGGAAUCACGAGAAAGGGCUUGUGCAGUCGUACCUCGACACCUUGUUCCGCGCCGGAGGGCCUCGGCUCCAAGUCGAACAGGUUUGGGACGAAUAUCGCAAGCAUACAUUCCAUGGGUUUGCGUGGGCUCUCGCUACACCAAUGAUGCAGAGCCGCGAGAUUGUUCAUGCGAUGACGGAACGCCACUGCGCAGCAAUUGUAGAUCAUAAGAGCAUUGAACUGCUGGUAGGGACCGAAGAGUAG